AUGCCUCUAGAUAAGAUCUUGGGCCAUGCGCUGAGCUUUGCAGCUGAGUAUCAACAACAGCGCAGAUUGAAGCGCGUACAAAGCGGAGAGAAUUCUGAUGCUCGGGGAGAUUCACUUGAGGCGGCUCUAUUUGAAGACGACGAGCAAGACUGGGAGCUGGACGAGGCUAUUCAGGACAAGGGCGACCAUCAUCCACCGUAUGAAAAGUCACUUCAGACAGCAACAACCGACCAGCUUAUCCGGGACACGUUUAGUAGCAGAGUGCCAGAGACAUGCUCUACCAGUGCACGGCCAGCCAACAGCCUGCGUCACCCGAUCGUUAUUCCUCAGAGAAGACCAGGAAAUAAAAAACGAGGCUUCGUUCGAGCAUACGCUCCAGUGUUAGACGACUGCGGCAUAAGCCAAGAAACAUUCCUACGCUUCCUCAAGAACUUCCACCAAAGCUCGCAGGCGUCUCCGUGGUUUGGUGUCAUACAAGUAUCUGCAGCUAUAGCCGGCUUCGCGCCAUCAGCAGUUGCCGUGGCAGUGUGUAUGGCCAUCCAGGCUGGCGCAAAAGCUGGCGCUGAGAUUCAGCACAGACAUCGGACCAACGAUUUUCUCGAGAAGAUGAACGAAGAGUUUUUCAAACCAGCUGGAUUAUUUGCCAUGAUUAUGACCUACAAACCUGACAGUUCUAUUAGUUCCUUGUCGCAGAACAGCAGCCUGGUGUCCAUGUCGACCCGUUACAUGAAUCUCAAAGCAAACGACGCCAUGACGGAGCUGGAAGACAACAGCGGAAAUCUUGGGAACCUUACCAGAAAGUUGAAGAUCUCUUCCGGCACUACCAGAGGCGAAGUAGAGCUGCCCGAGUUCGCACCGCUCAUAUUUCCGGAUGUGGAUGCUGCGGUCCAGCGUGGAGAGGAAGAGACGUUCAAGAAUAACGUUAAGGGCUUCCGAAAGUUCUUUGCUGCCUACAUGGACCGGCAAGCUCACAUGAACUUCGCGCGCGAAAACCCCGACAGCGGCCUGAAUGUACCAGAAUCAUAUCGCCAGCUGAGCUCCGACAGCUUUCUUGGGCGUGCUGGGCAAGCUGUUCGGAGUAGCCAGGGGAAAGAUGCCUUCAUUCGGAGCGUCAUGGGGACAACUAGCAGCGAAAGCCGGACAGAGAUGUCAAUAGGAGAGCCACUUAAAGAGAGGCUGCUUGGCCAAAAGGGCGACAGCAACAGCGGCAAGCCUGGAUGCCUAGGCAUCAAACGUAUGUUAAAAGAGGACAUCCUGUAUUUGACGAUUGUCAGUCUGCCCAACGAAAACGAAAUGGCAUCGGCAAGACGUGAGCUGAACAUGUAG